AUGAUAUAUUUGAUUAAUUUUAAUUAAGCUAUAUAUCCGAAUUUGCCUCAUACCAAUAAAUCCCCAUUUAAGUAUAUUAAAAUAAUUAAAUAAGAAAUAAUCCAGCUGUUACAAACUCUUCUCUUCAAUAAUUUGCAAUUAAUUAGAUUCUAGUGGGAAAUAUAAAUGGUAUAUAUUCAGGAUUUAAGUGAGACUGAGAACCACGAUCAGUGCCAGAGAGGAGACCAUAAGCAAAGCCAAGUCAAACUGAAGCAUAAGGUUGGCAGCAGAACAGCAUAAAGAAAUCCUUUCCGGUAAAGAGAGGCAAGAUCCAGGAUGUCCGAGGAAGAGGAAGUUAAAUAUGAUGGAAUCAAGGAAGAGGAAGAGGAAGAGGAAGUUAAAUAUGGAAUCAGCUUUCAAGAAUAUAAAAAUAAAAUACGAAUCGGAGAUACUGGAACUGAUGAAUUGUGGACAAAAACAAUUGAAAAAACGCUUCUUGUUUUAAAAAAAAGGUCAUUGAACUUCAGUAUCUAUAGGGUUCCAAGCAAACUACGAAACAUCAACGAAGAUGCCUAUAGCCCACGUAUGGUUUCAAUUGGACCUUUUCAUCAAAGCCGAAAAGAUCUGCUGAAAAUGGAAGAGCACAAGUGGCGUUACAUGCUUUUCCUUCUUGCUCGAACAAAAGAUCGUGCAAAACUAAAAGAGGCACUGAAAGAGUGUGUCAAAGCUAUUAAUGGUUUGAAGCAAGAAGUAACUGGAUGCUAUGCAGAAGACCUCAACAACGUGACCUGGAAUGAGCUGAGGGAAAUUGUGCUGGUCGAUGGCUGCUUCAUAGUCGAACUUAUUAUCAGGUACUCCGAGAAAAAUAUUGGACAAAACCCAGAUGAAGUAAUCAAUGGUGUUUGGAUGAUUCCAACCCUAAAACAUGAUUUGGCACUACUCGAGAACCAAAUUCCCUUUUUUGUUCUCCAAAAGUUGUUUAAAAUUAUAGAGAGAUCCAUUGGCGAAGACUUCCGGUUCCCCUGUUCUCUCACUGAAUAUGCUCUACUUUUCUUCUUCCCCGAGUCGAAUUCAAAGCAGGUCCAGGCUUUGAAUUCAAAGAAAGUAAAAAAAGUUCUAAAGAGUGGCAGCCUAAAUAGAGCCAGGCAUUUACUCGAAAUCUUGCACAUUUUUUACCUCCCAUCAUCUCUAGAUAUCAAUCCUAGAGUCCAUCAUACUUGGGGAUUUAAGCAUGGUGCAGCAAAACUCUUAGAGGCUGGAAUUGGGAUUGAGAAGGUCGCCACGAGUGAUUUACUGGAGAUAACAUUCAGUGGCAGUGAAGGAGUGAUUAAAUUGCCACCGUUAAGCAUCGAUGAAACAAUGGAAACAGUGUUUAGGAACCUCAUUGCUUUUGAGCAAUGCAGCGUCGGCGUUACACAUCACAUUACAUCAUACGCCAUGCUCAUAAAAAGUCUCAUAGCUUCCACACAAGACAUGGAGUUACUUCAGAACAAGCAAAUAAUUGAAAAAUCUGCCAGCAGUGGUGAAGAUGUUCCGACAUUCUUCAAAAGGAUGAGCAGGGAAGUGGUUCUCAAAGAGUUCUGCUUUGCUGAGUUAUGCGAUGAUGUGGAUAAAUACAGUCGAUCCUGGUUGCAUUGUCGCAGAAUCAAAGCAUACUCAGGCGUCAGAUGCCGCAGAUACAUUACCGCAUUAAGAAAUGAUUAUUUCUCCAAUCCAUGGACAAUCAUAUCAUUCGUUGCUGCCGUUGUGCUUCUAGUUCUCACUCUCUUGCAGACCAUGUAUGCCAUGCUUUCUUAUUACUAGAAUCAACGUUAAUCUUGUUUUUGUGUUUUUAGUUCUCUCUCCAAUAAAAUGCAUUAUGAAUCUUUGCUUGGGAAAAGAAAUGUAUUAUGCAUCUUUAAUUUAUUCAAUUG